UAACCAGUGUUGUUUGAACCGCAGAAGGGAACGUGUGGUGUUUCGCUUCCCGAGGCACACGCCCAUGUGACUCGAGGGUGGGAAAUGUUUUGUUAUUUCACAUAUGGAAGUUUGGUCAAGUUUUAUUCCAACGGCUUCUAUUCGGACACUUUUCUAGUAGUGACACUAUUUAUCAAAGCUUAAUCGAAUUUUAUUUAUAUAAAAAAGCGAAAUAAAUUAGCUAAUAUUUCCCCCUUCAAGAAGGGAACCAAAAACAUUCAACAGCUAUUGUCAAGAAGGAAGAGAAGUCCCCAGCAGGAGGAGACAAGCUGCGAUGAAGGAUGUUUGAAGCUGAGGCUUCAAACGCCAACAGAAGCAAAGGUCCCGUAGAAGACUUUCCUACGCCCGUGCUCCUUGGGGCGCCCUCGCCUGCGGGCUGAGAUGCUCCCGCGGCCCAAAGUCUUCAUCGUGUUCGUGGCGUGGGCCGCCGCCUGCGGGCUCAUGCUCGUGCUCUGGCAGGACCCGUCCGCCCUACCCGCCCACCAACAGCACCUGUCGGCGCCCACGCCCUCGCGCGCCCGCGGCCAUAGGAUCCGCACGCACGUCAGCAACCCACUCUAUCUGCAGGUGCGAGGCAGUGACAGGACGGAGAAGUACCCGACCUACAGGAGAGAUGGAGGUGCAGGGGUGCGCGCGGCUAAAUACAGAGACGAGGAGAGAAAUAACGAAGGAGAUCAGGAGGCAGUGGACGAUGUGGAGGAUCAAGAUUUAGCCGAGAGUUACGAUGGCGGAGCGGAAGUCAAGGAAGCGGACGAGGGCGACGGAUUGCCUCCAGAAACCCCGUUAGAAGAAGACGAGGAAGACGAGGACGAGAACGGAGGAGGAGCGGGACGCAGCGGGGACGAAUACUCUCAUUACACAGACGAAGAGGGAGGAGCGAUAGCAGUAGAGGAGGAAGAAACACCAGAAGACGCAGUGGGAGAUGAAGAGGAGGAAAAGGAAGGCGAAGAAAUGGUAGAAGAGGAGGAAGAAGAAGAAGAUAGUGAAGUGGAAGUGAUGCAGAUGGACGAGGUGGACACUGGAGGACGCUUCAAUAAUACACCCGAUUCAUCCUUGCUCGUGUACAAUAGGAUCCCCAAGUGUGCCUCGUCCACAAUGCAAGCCAUUUUCAGAAGGCUGUCGAGCCACUUGGGCUUCGUGCACAUUUCGUCCCUCGUGUACAACCAGCGGCUGCUGAAUCACGGCGAGCAGCUGGAGUUGGUCGAGAACCUGACGGGGGCGCUGCGAGCGGCGCCAACACACACUCUCAGUUACGACCGCCAUCUUUACUACACUAACUUUACGGAGCUAGGCUCGGAGGCACCGGUGUACGUGAACAUCGUGCGGGACCCAGUGGAGAGGUUCAUCUCGUCCUUCUACUACCGGAGGAGCCAGGAGCGCUUGAACCGAAUUCCGGUGCAAGGUCGCACCGCCACGCCCUCGCCCAAGUGGCUCAACAGAACCGUAGAGCAGUGUGUGCUGGCUGGAGAUAAUGAAUGUGCUUUCCGGCCAGGAGAUGAAAAGGAAAUGAUGCUCACUUAUUUCUGCGGUCAUCACGAUUUCUGCAGGAUUAGGGAUCACCAGUUGGCUUCACCUUCAAAGUCUAUGGUUGGUGGUGCCAAUUUUAAGCUCCUCCAUGAUGGACUCGCCGUAGAUGCAUUGUCUGUUGGAGGUCCUCCACGUGGCGUUGAUAAUUCGUCCAAAAACUGUAAUCUGGACCCUCCAAAGCUCAGGGCCUUCACUCGCCGAAUGCCUUCCAGCUGGAAUUGUUCUGUAGUACCUACAGAUACGAGUCCUAAUUUUGUUCUUGUUUUUGUCCUAUUGUCACCUGUUGCUAUUAUCAUUGUUAUUAUCCUUAUUUCACAGCUUGAUGAUGUUGAAUUCCAAUUACCACCUAUUGGGGAGUUGCCAACACUUGAGAGUAUUUUGAAUGAAAAUGACCCAGGAUCUGCAUCUGAUGAUGACUUAGGGAUUCCUCCCACACCCAUACAGAAGACAUCAUUUUCCAAUGAUGGAGGGGACACAUUAUCAGUCCAUUCUCGAGGCAGCUCAGACUCUCGAAGCAGGACAUCCUCUGAACGUCACAGCUGUGGGAGCAGGUCUCGCAGAGAUGCACAGCACAAGACCCAUGGCUCAAUACUCCGCCAUGUUAUACUCACUGGUGUGGCAGCUCAGCUGGUCUCUGCUCAUGACCGUGUGGGUGCAGGGCUACCAACAACCAUGGCAGUGGGUAACAUCAUAUGCAUUGGCACAAGCCAUGGCCUCAUCCUUGUCUUUGAGCCUACUCAGGCUUUGAAAUUCUGUUUAGGAUCAACACAGUUGGGAGAGCAGUAUGGAUCUGUGUCUGCUCUGGCCCUCAACCAUGACUGCACACGCCUCCUUGCUGGCUUUGCCAAGGGUCAGAUAUGUGUCUUUGAUCUGACAUCCAGCAAGCUCCUUCAGACGAUUUCUGAUGCCCACACACCAUUCACAGCUGUUUUGCAUUUAAAGUGGACAGACUUUCCUGGAAUGGCUGUCAUUAGUGACAGUGGAGGAUCUGUCUUUGAACUCUCCAUCAAGAGGACCAUGGGGCUCAACUCCAAUGAGUCUCGUUGCAUAUUUUCAGGCAGCCGUGGGGAAGUGUGUACCAUUGAACCCCUAUUGAUGUCACAGUUCCGUGCUACCCCAGUUUCAGAACCAGUCAUAUUGGCAAUGGCUACUAUAUCAAAGGUCAUUGUGGUAUCUUUGAGGCCACAGUUGAAAGUAUUGUUCUCUCACCCACUAAAAGCCUCUGCAUCUACGCUCCCCCUCUUGGCUUGGCAAUUUGUGGUGAUUCAAAUGCCUGAUGGAACGAGAGUGAUUGAUCCCGUGUUGGCCUUUGGUCGUGAGAAAAAUGUGUAUUUUUAUCAGUUAACACAUGGAAGUCAGGAGGAGUUGCAGUUUAUCCCACUGCAGAAAAUGUCCUUAUCAUACCUAGUCCAAGCCAUGGCAUGGCUCAACUCCCGGACUCUGGCUGUGAUGGAUACCAAAGAGCACUUGCAUGUGAUUGAUGUCAAGACUCAAGAUGAGCUAGAGACUGUAGAUCUGGCCCACCUUGGCCUGGUUUAUGCUUCUGCACACUUUAAAGCCAUUGCCACUGGAAGCAAUGUCAGUAAAGCAAUGGCGCUAGCAGGUGAGAGAGCCUGUUAUCACUCCAUGGUCAGUUUUGGAUCACAGGUUCUGUUACUUGGGACAAAAUCAUUCCAGGUAGUCACAGUACGCACGUGGGUGGACCGGCUGGACCACCUUGUUCGUGGGGGACAUGUCCGUGAGGCUCUGCAGCUGGCAUUAGACAUAUAUCAAGACAAGGCUCAAGCUGUAGUAGGACUCAAACAUAAGAAAGAGAAAAGACAACUGCUUGUUCAAGAAAAAAUCAAUGAGCUUCUGAAUCAGUACCUUGACUCUGCACUAGAGAAGCUUCCAGAACGAAACAACCUGGAAGGCCUGAAUAAGUAUUAUACCCACUUGGUCCCUCUGUGUGUCCAAGUUGCUGUGGGAGCUCACCUUCGGGACCUGCUGUUUGGGAGGAUGUGGGACCUCUUCAGUGAAGAUGCCAUAUCCAAAGGUAUUUUCUUGGAGUCCUUAGAGCCAUACAUUCUGAGUGACCAGUUGGCAGACAUGUCACCCAGCAUAUCGCAGUGUCUCCUGUCUCACCAUGAGGCAUGUGGGAGACUUCAGGCAGCAGAGGCUUGCAUUGUCCACCUACAGGUGACAUCCCUUGACCUCCACCAAGCCAUGACCCUUUGCUGGACUCAUGGACUCUAUGAUGCUAUAUUCUACAUCUACACCCAUGGCAUGAGAGAUUUUGUUACUCCAUUGGAAGAACUCAUCACUGUUUUGAGUAAUGCUAUGGAUAGUGGCAAAGCCUUAACUGAUAGUCAAGUGAUGCUGGGAAACAAGAUUCUUGUAUAUGUGUCGAGUUGCCUGGCUGGACGUGCAUACCCACGGGGUGAGAUUGACCCAGAGGAGCUCCAGCAAGUUAAACAUGAAAUAUUCAAAUGUAUAACAUCACUUCAUUCAAAAAAUGCAAAGCCAACUGAACAGGCUUAUCCUUUCCUAAGAACUCUGUUAAGAUUUGAUACUAGGGAGUUUUUAAAUGUCUUAGCACUAGCUUUUGAGGAGGCCGAGUUCACCUCAGAACUUGGCAUGAUCCAGAGGCAGCGUGUUGUAGAUAUUCUCCUCCAGGUGAUGGUAGAGGGAGAAGGCUUUGGGCCAGCUCAGUUGGGAGGCCUCUUCACUUUCAUAGCACGUCAGAUGUCCAGGCAACAGGGCGCCAUUGCAGUCAACAGGCAGUUGUUUGAUCAAGUUUUGUGCCACCUAACAGCUCCAGAUGCAUCUAGUCACCAUGAGGAACGUCAGACAGCAUUACUAGAGCUCUUGCAAGAAGGUGGUCUUGUACAUUACAAGGUGGAACAACUGUUGGAGAAAGCACGGCAAGCAGGAUUUUACCGAGUGUGUGAGUUCGUGUACGAAGAAAGAGGAGAACAUGAAAAGAUUGUUGAAUGUUACUUACAGGACAAGAUAAGGAAACAUCAAGUGUUUACAUAUAUACGUUCUGUCCUGUCAUCACCUCAGUUCACAGACUUGCAUGCACAGAAGAUUCAGCAGCAAUUCCUAAAACAUAUUAAGAGUCUCCUUGAGAUUGAUAGCAGCCGGGUGGCCAGCCUACUCCUGACCAUGCCACAGCUGACCCCUCUGCUGCCAGAAGUCACUAGCCAUUUGAGAGGAGAGCCACAGUUACUGUAUAAUGCUCUCCAUGCACUCUUCACUUAUAGGUCAACCCAUGCCUCCCCAGGGGGCCAUGGGGUGGACAACAAUGAUGGUACUCUGACACCAGAACUGCAGGAGGAGUAUAUUAAUCUCAUGUGUCAGGUCAAUCCAAGCCAGGUUUAUGCAUACCUCAAGGGUGCUGAGGGGUAUCGUCUGGAGCAGACACUUGAGAUAUGUCGGCGGCACAAGCAGCAAGACUCGACAGCUUUCCUUUUAGAAAGAGCAGGUGACAUUAAAGGUGCUUUCGACAUUCUUCUGAAUAUACUGAAGUCAAAAGUUGAUGAUCUUUUGACUUGUGUGAAAGCUGAGGGGGCUUGCUUGCUGUCACUGGGUCAUGUUCAGGCACAGGUUGUGAAAUUGGUACGUGUGUGCCAGUUGGGUUCAAGCCAGCUGGAGGAAUCAGGUCGGAGAGAACUAUGGUUUCCUUUGCUUGAUGUGCUGCUCUCCACACAACCACCAUUAGCACAUGAUCAACAGCUUGCUCAUGAGAUGCGAGGCAUGGUAGGCCACGUGGUCAACAGUAUGAUGACCCAUAUCUCCCUUCCUGCAAUACUAGAGCGUGUCAUGCAUGAUCCCGGCUACUGUGAUGGGAACUUUGCUCAAAUCAAGCAUCUGCUGAAAGGUAUGGUGGAGAGGUAUGUUUAUGAAGAAACCCUUUAUGCUACAGUAAUCAGAAUAAUAGCUGGGGAUCAGCUAAGCUACCUAACAAUGCAGCACAGUCAAGCUUGUUCUCCCCUUAUUGUGUAUACAACUACCUGUGCUAUCUGUCACAGUGUCUACCACCCAUCAAGCAAAGCAGUUGCUCAUAGUUGUGGUCAUAGUUAUCAUGCUCGUUGUGGUGGAGAAGCCCCUGCCUGUGUACUCUGUACAGGCAGCAGCCAGGAGGAGCAGGCAGCUGAUCAGUCACAAGCUCCUGAUUCCAUAGAGGAACCAAGUGUGAGUUGUGUUUACUUCUAUCUUAUCUGUAGAUAUGAUUGGUUUGAUUAGCCUC